UAAUGUUGCCAAUAAACAACUGAUUAUAUCCCUUCUAACUAAGGAAGUGCUCUCUACUUACUCUUUAUCCUCUGAUGACGUGCUUAAAGUUACAGGAUGACAUCAUGGAUUAGUUUCAUUAUAGAUUAGUUUUGAUAAAUGGCAGAAGCAGUAAGUGAUCCUUUGCCUGAUGAGUUUACAAAUCCAAUUGUUUUAAAGAAUGGUUGUUACGAGAACCCAUGGAAAGGAUUUAAAUUUCCAGGCUUAGGAGGAUUAUUGAAGUUCCUUUUCAUCAGCAAAGACAACUCUAAUAUUCCAAAAAGUCAAGAAUUAGACAAGACACUUCCAGUAGAAAAACCUGACUUUGAUAGAUUGAACAAUCCACCUCCAAAUGACAUUCAGGUCACAUGGAUAGGACAUGCUAGUGUACUAGUUCAGUUUGACGGUCUAACGAUUCUCACAGAUCCAAUUUUUAGCCAGAGAGCCUCUAUGUCACAAUGGUUUGGACCCAAGCGUUUUAGACCAAUACCAUGUGAAGUUAAAGAAUUACCAAACGUCAACAUUGUAGUUAUAAGUCAUACUCAUUAUGACCAUUUAGAUCAUGGGUCUGUCCAGCAAUUGAAUGAGAGAUUUGGAAAAGAUUUGGCUUGGUAUGUACCUAAAGGGACUAAACAAUGGAUGACAAAUGUUGGAUGUGAAGAUGUCACAGAACUCACUUGGUGGGAAGAGACUGUAUUUCCUAAAAAGACAGAUUUUAAGUUAGUUUGUACCCCAUGUCAACAUUGGUGUAAGAGGAAUCUGAUUGAUACUAAUAAGGCAUUAUGGGGCAGUUGGCUUGUAAAAGGACCUAAACAUAGUUUUUACUUUGCUGGGGAUACGGCAUACUGUGAAGGAUUUGAGCAGAUUGGUAGAAAGUAUGGUCCUAUUUCCUUUGCAGCUAUACCUAUAGGUGCAUAUGAACCAAGAAACUUUAUGAAGAAUCAGCAUGUCAACCCAGAAGAAGCUGUUCAAAUUCAUGAAGAUAUUAAAGCAGAAAAUUCUCUAGGAAUUCACUGGGGAACAUUUAAAUUAACAACUGAGCAUUACUUAGAACCAAGAAGUAAGCUUACAGAAGAGCUGAAGAACAAGAACAUUCCUCUUUCAUCAUUUUUCACAUUACCUCAUGGGAGAGUUCAUGUUAUUGGCAAAGAUGAGCUUAGUGGCGAUGAAUGAUUAAACAUUCAAAUGUGACAGUUUUAAAACAUAAAAUUGGAAAUUGAAAAGGACAUGACGAUCCUUGAAGGCUUGGAACUAACAAUUCUAGUCACACUGUUUUCUAUUACUACCAAUCAAAAUAACUUCACAAAUGGUACUACACAGCUAAACAAUGAUGGCUUGUAAAGUGUAAACAUUUUUGGAAUCUAGCAGACACAU